GGCAGGGGGGGCAGACGGCUAGAGGAGGGGGUGACGGGCCCCGGCUCAGCACCUCGGAGAGCUCCCUCCCCGGCCUUGUUUUGCUCCCAAUCGCCGCCUGGGGAGGGAGCCUAGGGGCCGGCACCCGCGCAGUAGCAGGGGGAUGGCCGUAGAGGGGUCGAGGGGCCCCGAUGGGCAGAAGGCCCAGCCGUGAUCCGGCGGGGUGGCCGGGGUGCCGGGCGGGGUAAGGGGCAGCUGGCAGCGGCAGCAGGGGCUGCACAUCUGGAUGGAAGCGAGCUUUGUCCUGACCACCAUGGCUCUGGGGCUGUCCUCCAAGAAAGCGUCUUCGCGCAACGUGGCCGUGGAGCGUAGGAACCUGAUCACCGUGUGCAGGUUCUCUGUGAAAACACUGCUGGAGAAGUACACCGCAGAGCCCAUCGAUGACUCAUCCGAGGAGUUUGUGAAUUUUGCAGCCAUCUUAGAGCAGAUCCUCAGCCACCGUUUCAAAGCCUGUGCCCCAGCAGGUCCAGUGAGCUGGUUCAGCUCAGAUGGGCAGCGGGGCUUCUGGGACUAUAUCCGGCUGGCCUGCAACAAAGUGCCCAACAACUGUGUGAGCAGCAUCGAGAACAUGGAGAACAUCAGCACAGCCCGAGCCAAGGGCCGGGCAUGGAUCCGAGUCGCACUGAUGGAGAAGCGCAUGUCGGAAUACAUCACCACAGCCCUGCGGGACACCCGGACCACCAGGCGUUUCUAUGACUCGGGAGCCAUCAUGCUGAGGGAGGAAGCCACCGUCCUCACGGGGAUGCUGAUAGGGCUGAGCGCCAUAGACUUCAGCUUCUGCCUGAAGGGUGAAGUGCUGGAUGGGAAGACCCCCGUGGUCAUCGACUACACGCCCUACCUGAAGUUCACCCAGAGGUGCGGAGCGGGAUGGCGGCGCCGGGCCGGCCGGCGGCUGCAGCUGCAGCUGGAGGAGGCGGCGGCGCAGAACCAACGCGAGAAGCGGGAGCUGGAAGGCGUGAUCCUGGAGCUGCAGGAGCAGCUGACAGGUCUGAUCCCUGGCGACCACGCUCCCCUAGCCCAGGGUUCCAAGGAGCUCACCACGCCCCUGGUCAACCAAUGGCCAUCACUGGGAACGCUCAAUGGGGCUGAGGGUGUCAGCAACCCCAAGCUGUACCGGAGACACAGUUUCAUGAGCACGGAGCGGUUGUCAGCUGAAGCCAGUCUGAGCUCGGACUCCCAGCGCCUGGGAGAGGGCAAACAGGAUGAGGAGCCCUGGGGCCCCAUUGGGAAGGACCCCACGCCCUCCAUGCUGGGCCUCUGCGGUUCCCUGGCCUCCAUCCCCAGCUGCAAGUCCCUGGCGAGCUUCAAAUCCAACGAGUGCCUGGUGAGCGACAGUCCUGAGGGCAGCCCAGCACUGAGCCCCAGCUGAACAGUGUGGGUUGUGCCAGCCCCACCUGCCAGGGCAUAGCCACCCGCCGCCUUUCCUGAGUCCCCCCUAUCCAGGCCGCCUGCCAGAGACCGCUGCCCACCCAGCCAGGUGUCUCUUGGCAACAAAACCUUUUGCUUCUGGUUUUAGCUUCCUGCCCAAGGAAGCAGGGUUGCCAAGGGAAGCCUGUUGGGUAGGAAGGUGGGGUCGCCAAGGCCACGAAGUCCUUGGGGAAGCUUGCUCCACGCUCUGGUGACUGUGAUGCCUGGCUGCUCCCUCCUGGGACUCUUCCCCAUCUUCCCCACCCUCCUCAGGAGCUGGUGGCCCAGCCUCAGCACCUUCAUCUCCCCCACCUCUCCUGUCUGUCCUGUAUUCAUUCCCUGGAGUCACUUCUUCCUCAGCCCCAGUGCAGGGGCUCUGAGGGGACCAGGCAAAUAAAAAGCAGAGGACGGA